AUGGACAACGAAUGCGAUUGUUCUUCCCGCACGCGGGGAGUGAGCAAGGCACCAAUUCCCAUUGGCGACUACGAUGUAUAUCCUACUUUAUCAGCAUCAUCGUGCAAAAGGUGCGCCUACUGCCAGAAAAGAAAGGUUAGCCCUUCGCCUAAGCAGUCGAAUUCAACAACUACUUCGAAGGCUUCUCACGCUCGGUGCAAUGGAUCAGAUCAUCACUAUAGUGACUUAGACUUAACUCGUAUUUCAUUUCCAUCCUCAUAUCAUAGGUCACUUUAUUUGCAAAAGAGACACACGGUGUCGGCGGAGGCUAUAAACAUUCCUCGGCGAAUAUCAAGUCUAGCCUUCGAGUCAUCAUUGGAGAACAUGGAGAGAGUGGGUUCGGCUUCACCCGAGGCUUCGGAUUCCUCAAGAUCCUCGUCUAGACUUAACCUCAGUGGCAAGCGUCUCGAGUAUGUGCAGAAAGUACUGGAAGAUAUUCGAACCUGGCAUGAAGAGGUUUCCAUGUCAAUUUCAAAAUCACGUUCUGCAACUCACCAAAAUUGCCACGAGAACAAUAUUGAUAUAGUUCCGACACAAGUUCAUAAACAGCAGACCCAACAUAUUAUUAGCACGUUUAUGGAUCCUCUACAACAAAUUAUUUCGUGGAGUCAAGUUUCCAAUGGGGACUAUGCAAUUUCUCGAAGGUACACUUCUAGGUCACUUUGUCCUGAGUCUAAUCGUUUUGCUUUCUGGAAAAUCGAUCCCAUUCCCUCCAGUAUCUACAAAUCGAAGCGGAUGCAAACUACAGGGAUCAAAAGAAGUCCUAAGCCAGUCCCUAGCCCGAGAACAUCGAGCCUCGGUGCCACCGUGCUCCCAAGACGAAGGAAUGCCAUCCGAGGUCGGAUUCUUCCAAAGCCAGUUUCUAUUGUCUAUCCAACCAUGAAACAGCAUUCAUGUCAACCACAAAUGACAGGGAAUGGCCCCUGCAGUCCAUACCUUGGUUGUUGCUUUGAUUCCUAUUGGGAUGGUGAAGGCUCUUUGGCCGAUACUCAAGAUAAUGGUAAAAUCGAUGACACCAAUUCUUCUCCGACAGUCUUUGCAGAGACAAAACUCAUCUUCCACGCACAAGACCAGUCAUAUAAAGAUAAAGGCGCCCACGAUCACAAGGACGGAGUUCCUCAUAGCGGUACUGUCAUUAGGCUUUCUGCAAGACAUUCUAGUCUGCAAGCUAGCGAGUCCAUCUUUAAAACGCCUUCUUUAAAAGAAAACGAAGAAGAGAAGGCUAGACGGCAUAUAGCAUUUGUGCAUUCGGCGUUGCAAAAUUUAGUGCCAUUUGAAAUCUCGGAUUACCUAUACAGAGUUUCGCAGUUUUCGGAAACUUCAACUGUUCAAAAGAUAGUAACAGAAAUUCUCCCUGCCAGCUCAGGCCUAGCCUUUGGCAAAGACGCCCGCGACCUCCUAAUUGAAUGCUGUGUCGAAUUCAUCACUCUCAUCUCGUCUGAGGCAAAUGAAAUUUCCGAAAAGGAAAGCAAGAAAACUAUCGCGUGUGAACAUAUUACCAAGGCCUUGGAACAAUUGGGCUUUAGCGAGUAUGUCAAGGAUAUUAUGGAUGUAGCAAGUGAGCACAAAGAACAAUUGAAGGGACGAGAAAAGAAAGCAAAUAAACUCGAACAAUCGGGUCUUACCGCAGAACAAUUAUUGGCAAUGCAAGAAGAAGCAUUUAGAGAUGCGGCGCAACGUCAUGGUUGAUGUUGUGCUGUUUUUUUUUUCUAGUCUCUUCGCCAAGAUCAGGUUUAAUUUCGAACCUCUAGGGAUGGAUUGGGGAGUUUUUUGGUCUGCAUACAUGGCUGGUUUGUGGGCGUUUUAGGGGGAUGG